GAUACUGCUGAUCCUAGAGAGAGAAAGAGCAAAAAAAAAAAAAAAAAAGGAAAAAAGAGCGAGAAAGUAUGAAACUUUGUUGUGGGUUUUGGACUUGGGUUUAGAUUCUUUGUUGGAUUUUGAUUGAGAAGUUUUGUCAUCUGGGAAGUGGGGAAAUAGAUAUGUACAUAGCUUCUUCCAUGGGAAGGUCUUUCAAGGACUCAUUGAAACUGCUUGAAGCUGAUAUCCACCAUGCCAAUACCCUGGCGUCAGAUUUUUCAAGGGAAUAUGAUGGUGCGUGCCUUCAGAUGAGAAUGUCAUACAGUCCAGCAGCACACCUGUUUCUAUUUUUGGUGCAAUGGACAGACUGCAAUCUUGCUGGAGCGCUUGGACUGUUAAGAAUCCUAAUUUACAAGGUGUAUGUGGAUGGGACAACUACCAUGUCUACCCAUGAAAGAAAAGCAAGUAUUAGGGAAUUCUAUGCGGUCAUAUAUCCCUCUUUGUUACAACUUCAAAAAGGUGUCACCGAUACAGAGGAUAAAAAACAGAAGGCUGUAUGCAUGGAGAGGUAUCGUAAAAGAGACGAUGAGGAGCACAGACAAUCUUCAGACAUAGACAUUGAAAGAGAAGAAGAAUGUGGAAUAUGCAUGGAGAUGAAUAGUAAGAUUGUGUUGCCCAACUGCAACCAUGCCAUGUGCCUAAAAUGCUACCAUGAAUGGAGAACAAGAUCACAGUCAUGCCCCUUUUGCCGUGACAGUCUUAAGAGAGUUAACUCAUGUGAUCUAUGGCUAUUCACUGAUGGUAGGGACAUAGUAGACAUGGCAACAGUGACAAGGGAGAAUCUCAGAAGGCUUUUCAUGUACAUAGAUAAGUUACCUUUGAUCGUUCCAGACUCCCUUUUUGACACAUAUGACUCUCACCUAAGAUGAGUGAUUGCAACAGACACAUUUCACUGUCUGGUGUGGUCUUGGAUGGGUGGUUCCUUUCAAGUUAAUCACAUAAAUUCCAAAUGUAAUUCGGUAAAUUUAGUUCAUAUAGAGUUGCAGUGCUUGCUUCCCACGUUUACUGUGGGUUGGUGGUGAAGUUGAGAUGGUAAAUUGUAUCUAUCUCAUUUGUAUAUCCCUGUACAGAUUGAAUUACUUAUUAAGAAGAGAUUUGCAUAUUCAGUGGCUCUGACGUUUAUAACCAUUAAUCUCUUGAGAUACGCCAUUC